UAUAUAAAUAGUGUGAGAGGGGGAAGAGAGAGAGAACCGCUCUGUGUCCUGCGGUUGUGUUUGACUCCGUCGAUGCGAAAAUGUUGAACACUUUGAGUCGGGUCUUCUUGACCGGAUUCUUGGCGGCCAAACCGCUUUCUUGUAAUUUAUCAACCAACCCUUUGACAGCUAAAACCAUCUACGAGUUUUCUGCCAAGACUAUUGAUGGACAAGAAGUGUCCCUGGAGAAAUACCGGGGCCAUGUGGCCAUAAUUGUCAACGUUGCAAGCAAAUGAGGCUUAACUCCCUCUAACUACACACAGUUAGAGGAACUUUAUCAAAAGUAUAGUGAGUCUAAGGGUCUUCGUAUUCUAGCCUUCCCAUGUAACCAAUUUGCUUCCCAGGAACCUGGAACUAACGAAGAGAUCAAAGAUUUUGUUAGUAAAAAAUAUCAAGUUUCUUUUGAUAUGUUCAGUAAAAUAGACGUGAAUGGCAAGUCAGCUCACCCUUUGUGGAUAUUUUUGAAAAAAGAACAGCCUGGAUUUCUAACUGAUGGCAUCAAAUGGAAUUUGACCAAAUUCCUCAUCAACAAAGAAGGUGUUCCUGUGAAACGUUAUGGUCCAAAAACAGCCCCAAAGGAAAUAGAAAAAGACUUGGCUAUUUAUUGGUAACCAAACCCCUUACUCUCUCAGACUGACAUUCUAUGGUGUUGACUAUUCUGACGUAACUUAUGAAGGAAGUUUCCUAAAACCAUUCCUUGGUAGAAAACUCCUGAUUUCUCUGGUUUCUCUCAUUUUGGUCAACACUGUUUUGAUGUCUGUCUGUUUGUCCCUCCUUCACUUCAUUAAUUUUUUUUUUUUUUUAUUCAAUUAAAACAAAAAUAGUUCAGUCA